AUGACUUUGAGGAAGGCGUCCAAGAACGCGUACAAAAGUGUCGGAAUCCUGACCGCUUACAUCCACAAAUGCAUUGUAGACAUUAAAGACAACCAGGUUUAUUUUGAUAUUGUCAAUAAUGUCGAGGAAGCAUGUGAAGGGUUAGCCAAUGGAAAACCUAUAGGGCAGAGAAUAAGAGACAUGAUAAGCCUGCAGCUCUGUUGCGGAAAGAAGGUAAACUGUCUCGUAUCAUUGUCAAAAGUUGCCCGCAAUGUUUGUCAAUUAAAACCUGGUAUGCAAAUAUUAAUUUAUUACCGUUUUUAUUAUUGGAGUCGGCAUGCAAACACUCUACACCUUUCCGGUACCGGUAUUGAGGUUUUAAGUAGUGAACUUUUGUCAUUAUACUUUUCUAUACUCGAAAAAGUAAGUCCCAAGAUUCAAGAAUUAUUUUGCAAUGUCGUCGGUUUAUAUUUAUAUGCGAAAUAAUCCAUAAUUGUGAAUAACACAAUAAUAUUUACAACAAAUAUAUUUUCAAAAGUAUUCUUCUAUGUUGGCGACCUAUGUUUUUUUUUCACUCUGUUUAUGUCAAAUUUUAUGACUAUAAAUAGUAAUACCUGUAUGUUUUUUAUAGUGGCAACAGAAAAGAAUGACAGAUUUGGUAUGUAAUAAACACCAUAACUUGUUCGGACUUUGGACCAGUAAAUAUACUAGUCAGUAAACGUUGUCCUUGAUUUUCAUGGUAACCAAAUUUACAUACCAUAUGUGGUAUGGUUGCAUUUAUAUAACCAUAUGGUUGCAUUAAAACAAAUUGCUUUGUUUUAGAACCCGAUGAUGACAUGCCUCCUGCAGAGUUGGAAUAUAAGGAAGAAGAGGAUAAGAAAGGUACAUUUAAUGAUUUUGAUCAUAUAUAUAGUAUUAUAAGACUGAUCAGAAAUGCAGUUACCCAUGUGACUUUUUUUCUGAUCACCAAGCCAAAGCAUGCAAAGCAAGCAAGUAUGCACUUUUCACAAUCAAUUGUCAAUUUUAAUAGUAAUGUUAACCCUUUAAGCGGCAAUGCACUGAGGCGAGCCCUACCUUUUUAAUGUACUGUAACACCAGAUGAUUUUGUUGAUGUCAAGGGGAACACCCAGUCGACGGAUAAUCACAUGAUUGGCUAAUGCAUCCUAUUAAUCUUUUACAUGGUAAUGUGCCUUACUUUACUCUAAGUGCCAGAUGAUUUUACUUGUCAAGUGGAGAGUGCUGCCACUCAAUGUGUUAAGGAUGUAAUUAAGAUCCUGUCUAAAAUUUAGUUCUGCCAUAUUGUAUAAUUUGAUAAUAUGAAUCAAUUAAUUUUGCUUCAUCUGGUUAGGCAACUAGAAAUUCUAUUCUAAUGUUGUUCUAAUUGCUAUUUAUUUAAAAAAAUGUAUAUAAUAUAUAUUUCAUCAUUAUAGGAGUGGUAUGUUGGGUGUGCCGGGAGAGGGGGCACAUAAGCAUUAAGUGUCCCCGAAGAAAAGAAAACACUGGGGGGAGGGUGUACCAUUGUACAAAUUGUACAUUCCACAAUUGACAAAUGAAUAUCAUAUUUAAUUAAAUAUUUGCAAUUUAAAUUGUUAUUUUAUAAUUAUUAUUGUUAUUUUAUUUUUAAAAAAAUUCUUAGGGAGCAUUCAUAAAGUAUAUGGGCAAAAGCUAUUUUAAUUUUAUUUGAACAUUCUGACAAGUGUUUCAUACCACAAACCUUGAACUUUUCAAGGAAAGAUAAUAAGAUUUCUAUAUGUACCUGUAUUGGUCUCUCCUAGUCUCCUUGACACAUAAAUUCACCUAGCAUUGGACAGAUUAGGUCACAUUAGGGUGCAAUAUAUAACUUUGUUCAGGAAUGAUUUGCUCAGGAACAAUUUAGAUACAGUUAGGAAUGAUCAGUUCUGAAUCUCAAAACUUUUUGACUUCCUUUCACCCACAUGAAAACAUUCCUUGGUAAUGCAACAAUUUAAAUUAUUGCAACUGAAAGAAGAUGUCAUAAUUCUAAAAUUUAUAGAGGCUUUGCAUGGUCACAUGACUAUUGCAACAAAUUUAAAUUUGCCGCCAUGACAGGAGGCAGCUGUGUAUAAUCUGAAAAACAAUGAACCAGACAUUGAUUUUGCUAACAACAGUGACGAAGACCAAAAACUUAAGAAAAGCAUACCUGUUACCAACCUUUUUGCAAGCAAAAUACAGACUGAUAAGACUAUGGUUGACAUAGACCUGCUUAUAUACAGAUCUACCAAGAAUUUAAGCCAAGACAAUUUUGCAAGUGAAGCAUUUUUCCAAGGAGAUAACGAGAAGGUUAAAUUUUACACUGGGCUUCCUGAAUUGGCAGUUGUGAUGGUUUUAUUUGAACUGAUAAAGCCUGGACUUGUGGUUCGAAACUCAUUAACUAAAUUUCAACAAUUUUCACUCACUUUAAUGCGACUUCAUUUGAAUUUAUCUGUUCCAGACCUUGCAUAUAGAUUUGGAGUUCAUGCUUCAACAAUGUCAAGAGUGUUUCACAAUUGCAUCAAUGUCAUGCACUCUAGCACAAACUUUCUGAUUUAUUGGCCGACAAGACAGGAACUAAAUCUGACACGACCUAUGUUCUAUAAUACUUGACUGUUUUGAAGUAUUCAUUGAUCGCCCUUCUGAUUUACUAGUCCGAGCACAAACAUGGUCUUCAUACAAAAGUCACAACACAGCUAAAUUUUUAAUCGGUGUGACACCACAGGGCACAGUGUCAUUCAUAUCCAAUGCAUGGGGUGGUAGGGUAUCAGAUAAAUAUAUUACUGAACAUUGUGGUCUGUUGCAGAAAUUAUUACCUGGCGACAUGGUCUUUGCUGAUAGGGGCUUUGUUAUUGAGGACAGCUGUGGUCUUUACUGUGCCAUAUUGAGAAUCCCCUUGUUUCACUAAAGGUAAACCUCAGUUGUCACCUGUAUUUGUUGAAGCUAUAAGAUCCAUAGCAAAUGUCAAAAUACAUGUAGAAAGGGUGAUAGGCUGUGUACGUCAAAAGUACACCAUCCUUGGACAUGGAAUAGCUCCAAUUGACUAUCUGAAAUCUGACAAUGGGGAACCAUGCUUGCUUGAUAAGAUAGCCUUAGUAUCUUGUGCUCUUGUUAAUUGUUGCAAGUCUGUUGUUUCAGUUGAAUAG